GGAGCUGUGGUCCGGGCUGGCGGGCGCGCAAGCUGGCUCGUCUCUGCGGGCACCUCCGGAAGGGUCCGCCGGCUGUGCUGGUGAGGCCCAGUUCCAAGGCUCCAGCAUCCUGUGUCUCGCUGAGCACUGCUGCCCAAUGGCCAUCCCCAAGCACUCCCUGAGCCCAGUGCCAUGGGAAGAGGACAGCUUCCUUCAAGUGAAGGUGGAGGAGGGAGAGGAAGCCAGCCUCUCCCAGGGCCUGGAAUCCAGCCACGACCACAUUGCUCACCCUGAGGCUGCACGCCUGCGUUUCCGGCACUUCCGCUAUGAGGAGGCAUCUGGUCCACACGAGGCCCUGGCCCACCUCCGAGAGCUGUGCUGUCAGUGGCUGCAGCCUGAGGCGCGCUCCAAGGAGCAGAUACUGGAGCUGCUGGUGCUGGAGCAGUUCCUGGGUGCACUGCCCCCAGAGAUCCAAGCCUGGGUGGGAGCCCAGAGUCCCAAGAGUGGAGAGGAAGCCGCUGUGCUGGUGGAGGAUCUGACUCAGGUGCUGGACAAGAGAGGAUGGGAUCCAGGAGCUGAGCCCACAGACGCAAGCUGCAAGCAGAGUGACCUGGGAGAGUCAGAGCCAUCAAAUGUGGUCACUGAGACCCUCAUGGGAGGUGUUUCCCUUGGACCUGCCUUUAACAAGGCCUGUGAACCUGAGGGCAGCUCAGAGAGAAGGUCUGGGCUAUCAGGGGAGAUCUGGACAAAGUCUAUCGCCCAACAGAUCCAUUUCAAGAAAACUUCAGGGCCUUAUAAGGAUGCCCCCACAGACCAGCGUGGCCGUGAAUCUGGUGCCUCGAGGAACAGUUCUAGUGCGUGGCCAAACCUCACCUCCCAAGAGAAGGCUCCUUCAGAAGACAAAUUUGAUCUGGUGGAUGCUUACGGGACAGAGCCUCCAUACACGUACUCAGGGAAGAGGUCCUCCAAGUGUCGCGAGUGUAGGAAGAUGUUCCAGAGCGCUUCGGCGCUCGAGGCACACCAGAAGACCCAUUCUCGGAAGACACCAUACGCCUGCAGCGAGUGUGGGAAAGCCUUCAGCCGGAGCACUCACCUCGCCCAGCACCAGGUUGUCCACACGGGGGUGAAGCCCCAUGAGUGUAAGGAAUGUGGGAAGGCCUUCAGCCGAGUCACCCACCUGACUCAGCACCAAAGGAUUCAUACUGGAGAGAAACCCUACGAAUGUGGGGAAUGUGGGAAAGCCUUCAGCCGCAGCACUCACCUCACCCAGCACCAGCGGGUGCACACGGGGGAGCGGCCCUACGAGUGUGACGAGUGCGGGAAGGCCUUCAGCCAGAGCACGCACCUGACUCAGCACCAGCGCGUCCAUACCGGGGAGAAGCCCUACAAGUGUGACGCGUGCGGCAGGGCCUUCAGCGACUGCUCGGCCCUGAUCCGACAUCUGAGAAUCCAUUCUGGAGAGAAGCCCUAUCAGUGUAAGGUGUGUCCGAAGGCCUUUGCACAGAGCUCCUCCCUCAUCGAGCACCAGAGGAUCCACACAGGAGAGAAGCCUUAUAAGUGCAGUGACUGUGGGAAGGCCUUCAGCCGCAGCUCAGCCCUGAUGGUUCACUUGCGGAUCCACAUCACGGUACUGCAGUGACCGGAAAUCGACCCUCGGGGCACAGCACAGCGCCUUCUUGGAGGCUC